AUGACUUGGCACUCUCCUAAAGAUGCCAUGCCGUGGGUGGGGUUGUAUAUUGUUGCAUCUUCUCUGAUCUGUACUCUUGCAAUGGCAACCGAUGCCUUCCAAGGCUUUCGACAAAGGAAACUCUGGUUUCCCUGCAGAUUUUUCACCAUCAACGCUGCUUCCAUCACAUUGAUAGCAGUAUCAAUGAAGCUACCGGUGGAUCUAACCACCGACAUGCCUAGUGAUAAUGAACAGGGUGCAAAGUAUCUUGGAAUUGCUUUCUUGUUCACCAUGUUAGCUAACUUUCUCCCUUCUUUAGGGGGCAUGGAUGACAAGGAACUUUUCAUGAACAUCAUAGCCCUGGGUAUUCUCAUCAUCACCAUUAUUGUAAAUAUAGGCAUUCAAACUGCUACCCAGUUUGUUCUUGCAAAUGUUGUGGUAGAAAUGUCUAUAAUUAUAUUUCUUCUUCUAUGGCCAUUUUGGGUAGCAUUGACAGUUCCAACAUCUAGAAGAGUUUUAGAACAUCAGUACAAGGAGUUACACGAAUCAGCUUUAAAUCGCCAAGAGGUAAAGUUCUCCUCCACAGAACUCAUACAUCAUGUUAAAAAAUAUUGGAUGAUGGCGGAAACCGGUAAUCCCCAAUUUGUGCUUGCAUGUUCACCCAUCUGUUCUGCUUCUGGGUUGAUAUGCUCAUACUUCGCUGCUUCUUCAGUUUCGCAGUUGAUGAUCCUCUUCGGUGACAAUUCAAAAUUUUGGUAUGGAAAAUCAGAUUAUAAGUGGUCCAUCAACGUAAUUCUAACUGUCCAAUUGAUCGGGAUUUUAGUAGGUAGUAUUGCACCGAUAUUUAGAUGUAUCACUGCUAUCAGUUAUUUCAACCUCUCCAAGGAAUGGAGCAUCAACCAUCUAAACAUGUUCAACAUCGAGAAACAUUGGACACAAUGGCUUCGACAGUGGAAAAGCAACCAUGUAGAUUCACAUAUCCCAGGCCGCCACUGCAAAAUCUUUCUCCAUAAUGUCAAAAGCUUGAUUUUGAACUUUUGUAUAGCACUUCAGGUAACGGUUGUGGUUAUUUGUAAAACUUUAUGUCUCGUUCCCACAUGCAUGAUGCUCUUAUUCUAUUCCUGUUGCCAUUUCUGCAACUCAUUAUUGAAGAGGUUUAAAAAGGACUCAGAUGCAUCCAACAACAGCGUGAGAUCAGAGAUUGAAGAAUAUAUUGGUUAUGUUCUACAAAUUGAAGACGGGGCGAAGCUUUCAAACAGACUGUUGAGAAAUAUGCUGAGAUCGAUAACGAAACUUCUUCACAAGUCUGAAGAGAAACAACCGAUAAAUCUUAUCAAGUUUCUAGAGAAAUCUAGAGGAUUCAAUGGAGUAGCAGAGUUCGACAAUGACCAAGUCCUGCCUUUUUAUCAGGAAGAAAUACACAAUUGCUGGAGCCUAGUAGUUGUAACAUUAACAACCAUUGCCCUUGCACUUCCCAAUAUUGCAAAUGGCCAAGUCAAAAGGUUACUAGCUAGCAUGAGUGAAGGGCUCCAAUUUGUUAGACAUAUCGAAGAAACCCUCAAUGCAAAUGGUGACUUGGUAGAGGCAAGAAAGACAGCUCGACGUGUAUGGACUGAAGUCGACGUAUACAGCGGUUGGCUACAAAUUGAUCUUCAAAAGGAGGCUCGUAAAGGAAAAACGUGUGAGGAGAUUCUUCAAUGGUUAGGCGAUGAAGCAGUAAAGAUUGUGAUACAGUUCAAGAGAUGCAAAACUAGCAGUGUAGAUGAUUCACAUCAUAAGUUCAUUGCUGCGAGUUCUAUGUAUAGAAUCAGCCAAACCAUACUGCUCCAUUGCAAUGAACAAGAAAAUCAGCCAACGGAUGUGGAAGUUUUUGAAUGGAUAUCAAGUACGAUUGCAGAUCUAUUAUUUGCUUGCCUUACCAACUUACCACGAGUCAUAACUCUGAAAUGUCAUCACGAUGCAAUAGAGAAAAGGGAAGAGAGCAUACGGACUGCAGCUCGACUUCUUGGUAAAUCCAAAACGAUUUUGAAUAUCCUUGAAGGGCGUCAACUUCCAAACAUAGAUCUGGACUCGAUGGCAUACAUUGAUAAGUGGCAUUCAUUACCAAAGAGUCAGAUACCCAAUGGUUGUUCUUCGAUUCAACCAGCUUCUUCAAGUUCUAAUGAAUCACUCAUUGUAACUAUUAUCUAA